AGAAAAUGGAGAAAGCAACUGAAUAUUUAUGUCAGCCCCCCUCUCACCCGGGAUCCUCUGAAUCCCAAGCUUUGGUUGUAAGCCACCUCAUCUCCUUUGUUAUUAGCCAUGAUUCACUGACCAAUCAAUUACUCUGGGCGUAUUCACGGGGUUAAAAAAGCAAAUAUGAAAACACAACAUAAAGCAAUGUAGGAAAUAGGAGAACUCCGGUCCUAACGAGAGUGUGAAAUCAUGGAAAAAACAUCUGAAAAGUUAUGGGUCGUCGAGCAUUCACGAGCGCAACGAAGAAAGAGAGCCCGCGCGAACGUGCGAGAAAUCGUCGUCUCCAACAACUUCAAAGAAAACAAACCCUGGUUCUCCAGGAAUGUUCUCGCUACCCCACGGUCCGCCUAAUUGACGAUUCCUUUCAUGUCCAGCCAGCCCAGGCUUGCUCCUCAAAUCACGACAUCGCAGUGGUAAAUCCCACGCACAACUUGUUAUCGUUGGCGGGGUUGUCGCGCCAGAGUCCUGGGCCUACUGAUAGACAGUCUCUGCCAACUGAUUCGCUAAUUCGCCAAGCAGCAACUACGUUGCCUUCAGCCGUCCUGACAGCUCCUGUGGCUGCCGCACCACCAAUACGACUUCCCGCACAGCUGGUGUAUUGUCCAACACCCUACGGUUCGAGUGGUGCUCAGACAACCUCACCAUCAACCAGCCAACGAACAGAAACAGGAGAUGGUAUGAGGCAGCCCACAGGACUCGCAGAUACAAACCCGACAUGCAAUUCACCGCCUAUACGUCAAGAAGAUCACCUUGAAGUCGGCCGUUCCCGGACAGACUUUUCUGUGCGGACCCGAGAACUGACACGCCGCCGCGUUCAAAAAUAUCGGAACCGACUACAUCGCUUACGAAUCCCGGCAAUUAUCCCUACUAACGACCCCAGUUUCCCAGUCAUCAGAAAUUGCCAGGGGCAGUCCAUCCCAGGGCCACCACUAUCCACGCCUCGCUCUCAUGCAAAUCCACAAGCCGACCCGGAAAACUUGCACGCCAGGACGUUAGAAGGCUUAGCAGACGACGCGUCUCCGGAAGGCGCUCAAAAUAGCAACGCCACCCUUGAACGCUUCAUUCAAGCCCUUCAGGUCGAGGACACUCGAGACGACUCUGACUCUCUUGGGCCAUAUCGAGUUGCGUAUGAUCAAGUGUUUCGGAUAUUCUUCAGCUCCAUCUGCGCUUGUUCACGUCAGCUUGAAGUCGACGAGCCAGAACACACUCAUACUCUUCAGGAGGCCGUGCAAUACUUGCAGCACUCCCUUCCUCCUUUACCAACAAUCUUCGGCGAGCGAGGUUCCUAUAAUCCUAGCAACUUCUUCCGGGAUUGGGAAACUUUUCUCUCCAAUCAACCGACGCAGCCUCUUUCCUUUCGCAAGUCACAGGCGGCCCUUACCCCAUCAAAUCUCUCUAUCUCGCGGCAGUGGGAUAUUGACAGUGUUUGGUUUGGGGCGAAAGGUUUGCAGGCGAUCCGGCCACCAAAUGACUUCAAGCUCUCGUUUCUUCCCUCUUCAGCCCUCAAUCUCUCCACUGAUCAGGUGAUUCAGCCGCAUGGGCUGGAUCUAGCAAAGACAAGACAUAUUCUUAUGGGCACCUUCAAUACGCAGAGCGUUCGUUUCUCCGCCUUCCUGUUCUUCCCCCAUGCUGCUCGAGAUUCAACAUCGGCUACCAGGAAUGCGCUCUCACUCGAGCGGCAGAAGGACCUUUACGACCACAUCAUCAUUCCGGCAGCCUUUGAGGCAAUAUCUGAUCCUUCUCGGCAGGAGAUACCCCGAACGUAUGACAUCGCAUAUGCAAAGUCUCGCUCCUUCCAGGAAAAGCCUGGCAACAACCGAUGGAAGCAGGACGACGUAAGCAGAGCUUUCCAUCUCCAGUAUACAGUCCCGGCCCAAGAUCUCUCGCUCUUCUGGCACUUGGUGGCUGAAAAAGCAGACUCAUUCCAGAUUCCAACACAGCGGGGAGAAAUGGUGUCAUACUUUAAGAACCCUCGGUUGCUCUUUCAAUCCCACGAUCUGAAAAACACAUUUGGUCAGAGGACUCUCGAAGAGACCCUGAAUAUGUUCCAACAGACCAUCCUUCAGGCUUUUGAUCCUACCCAUCUGGAUAUUCGCUCUUGCUGGCUUGAUAUUGGGGCCCGCGACCACGUUACCAGUCCAGUGUGUCCAAUAACCAAGGUAAGGUAAGGAUUUUAUUUCGCCCGGGGGGACACACCCCAGAGGGCCUUUGCGCUAAGCUAUUUUCGUUUCGUACAGUUCUUCCAUAA